CAUUCGACUACAGCUUCUGGCCGGUGAAGCUUCUUCUCGCUUCUUACUUUUUUCUUCCUUAGGGUUUCGUUGUUAGUCUCCUCAGCGCUUAUCUCUCAGCGAUGGCGAAGAACAAGAAUAAGAAGCGAAGUGGGGCUAUUUCAAUGGACAUAACCGAAAAUACUGCUCACGAGCUCCCUCAAGCGAUGGACGUGUCUGAGUCUGCAGUUCAUAAACCAGCUUCCGGCGCUCUCAAUCUAAAAUUGAAAAAGGGAAGACCAAUGAAGCGAUCAAAGAAUGUUAGGAAGACAAUGGCGAAAGCAAAGGCCAUAUCCAAGAACGAGCAGUCAGCGGAGAAAAUAUUGAAAAAUCAGAGCAAAACUACAAGAAUACAUUCUGCAAAAACAUUGUAUGAAUGAUAGAAAUGUGGGUUUAAAUUGUAAAAUUGUUUUAUUUUUGUUCCUUUAAUAGGUGUUUAUGUUACUUUCACUCAUCAUUUAGUGUCUCAAUCCUGCAACUUCUAAGUUUCCAAGUCACUUGUGAAAUCCAGGCUAUUCGCACAAAUUUGUUUUAGAAAAGGAAUUGUCUACUUGUGCAAGUCUAUCGUCACUAGCAGGUGGCAAUAGCAUUAGGAGCUGGAAA